AUGGCAAAGCAGUACAAUGACAUCACCGAACCUCGAACUGGUGAGCACCUGCGCGGAGUGCAAACUUUAGGCGAGAACUGCGCCGACAACGGCGGAAUAAAGGUUUGGUGCCAAUCGAUUACCGCAAAUAAACUCAAGGACAACAUAAUGAUGGAUCCACAUGCUCCUAAUAAGUACCGAGUCAAUGUGGUGCUGGGCAACUUUGAUCAGUUUUCUAAAACAUUUAAUUGCCCGUCUGGCUCAAAAAUGAAUCCA